AUGGAAGAAGCCAAGACCAAGAAAAAGCGAAGAUUGCCGAACUCAGGACCCGAAUCGCCCAGACCUUACGUGUGUCCCAUCUGUUCGCGGGCUUUCCACCGGCUGGAGCAUCAGACAAGGCACAUUCGAACGCACACGGGUGAAAAACCGCAUGUGUGCAACUUCGCGGGCUGUAGCAAGCGGUUCAGCCGUAGCGACGAGCUGACGCGACACAAACGUACACAUAUGAAUACACAUCCGAAGGGUAAGCGGGGUCGCAAGAAGAAGGGCGAGAUCAGCGCAUCCGCGUCCGCAACAUCGACAGCAACAACGUCGACGCCACCAGCAAUGGCGUUUCAAGAUUUACACUCCAGAACGAGUUCUGUGAAAAGGGGACCUGCGACGUUUCACUUGGGAGACGACGAAGAGGACACAGCAGAGCUUGAGAGUAGUCCUGGGCUACAACCGGUCAAGGGAAACCAAAAAAACAUGGGUCUGCUUGUCAACGCAGCGCUGGGGCUUCCCUCGCCUGACCAGACAUUGCACGGGAGUGUCUCGGAUUCCAUCCCUGCAGUCAGGUCGCUGCCGUCGAUCCAAAGCCUUGGAGAGAUCAAAAGUGCGCUGGUAGGCUCGAUGUCAACACCGCCCAUGCCUCGUACAUAUUAUUCGUCUGCGAAUCUUGCGUCCGGUGCUGGAAUCGCGGGCGUGAUGCGACCCAAGCUUAACGCCUUGUCGUCGCUACAGCGCAUGACUCCGCUGAACGAAACUAGCGGAAACGGGAACGGCCCCGGGAACGGCUCCAUGAGCAGUGGCCCCAGUAGCGGUGCAUCGUCUCCCAUUUACAACUAUGCAGAGCAUCCCGAGACGACGACACCCGUGGUGCUGCCCAGGCCGCGGUCGCUGGCGCAUUUGCAACACCAGCGGCCGCUGAACUCAUCGACGUCACUCACGAGCAUAUCGAGUCUGCUGGCAAGAAGCGAGGACCCCGACGAAUACCAGGGCCACGCACGCAAAAAGUCGCGCACUUCGACCCCGACUAUGAGCAGACGCGGUAGUCACUCGAAUCUGGUGUCCAUGAAACAGGGCUCGUUUACAAACCUGGUCAGUAUCGCGGCCAUGGCGCAGCCGCCCGGGGUAACCGGGAUGAUGUCUUCGCAAUCCUCCGUGCUGGAUUUCCCGGAGGAACUGAACGAAAAACUGCAGAUUGUGCGCGACACCCAGCCGGGCUCUUUCUUGGACAGAUACGCGGCUGGCGGACCCAAUGUGGCCGUAUCUGCAGCUCCGUCCGCAAGAUACACACCCUUGCAGUCGCCUCCGCGUGUGGGGAGUCCGACGAGCGCGCGCUCGAGUUCCCAGCCGGGGGUCAGUGACGCCUCUCAGACGCUGCCGCCAAUUCGCAGUCUGGAUCUUGAAUUCCCGGCCAACUGA